GGAACAAGUAUACACAUAAAAAAUUAAAUUGCAGCACAUGUUCCGCAACGCACACAUAUAUUUAUUUAACGGAGUUGCCAAAAAAAGAACAGGGAGCGGUGUGUGUGCGGAGAACAAUUAAGGAGGAACAUCAGAAAAACAGAAUAAUUAGCAUAACCGCCAAAUAACACAAUGAACGGUGGUGGUGGAGGAAGUGGAGGAGCAAAUGUGAGCAAUGGCUCCAGCACCAAUGUAACAGCUGCCGGGAGCACUGGAGGCGGAAGCGCAGGCGACGAGACUGGUGGAGAUGCCAGCUCCAGACGCCAGGCGACACGGGUGUUUAAGAAGAGCUCCUCCAACGGCAAGAUAACGGUUUACCUUGGCAAACGGGACUUCGUCGACCAUGUCACGCACGUGGAUCCCAUUGACGGCGUUGUCUUCAUUGAUCCAGAGUACGUAAAGGACCGUAAGGUUUUUGGCCAGGUGCUUGCCGCCUUUCGGUACGGACGUGAAGACCUGGAUGUUUUGGGAUUAACGUUCCGUAAGGACCUGUAUCUGGCGCAUGAGCAGAUCUAUCCGCCCAUGCAGCUGGACCGCCCGAUGACCCGGCUUCAGGAAAGGUUAAUUAAAAAACUGGGACCGAACGCCCAUCCGUUUUAUUUUGAGGUUCCGCCCUAUUGCCCAGCCUCUGUGUCCUUGCAGCCGGCUCCUGGAGAUGUGGGCAAGUCUUGCGGAGUGGACUACGAGCUGAAGGCCUUUGUGGGUGAGAAUGUGGAGGACAAGCCCCACAAGCGGAACUCGGUGCGUUUGACUAUUCGCAAAGUCAUGUACGCACCCUCCAAAGUCGGUGAGCAGCCAUCGAUCGAAGUAAGCAAGGAGUUUAUGAUGAAGCCAAACAAGAUCCAUUUGGAAGCUACUUUGGACAAGGAGUUAUACCACCACGGUGAAAAAAUAUCGGUCAACGUUCAUGUUGCCAACAACUCAAAUCGGACGGUAAAAAAGAUUAAGGUAUGUGUCCGGCAGUUUGCGGAUAUUUGUCUCUUUUCGACGGCGCAAUAUAAAUCUGUAGUGGCAGAAAUCGAGUCAGAAGACGGAUGUCAAGUGGCUCCGGGAUUUACACUAUCAAAAGUAUUUGAGUUGUGCCCCCUAUUGGCAAAUAAUAAGGAUAAAUGGGGCCUUGCUUUGGACGGGCAGCUAAAGCAUGAGGACACCAAUUUGGCGUCUAGCACUCUCAUUACCAAUCCUGCUCAGCGUGAGAGUCUCGGUAUUAUGGUCCACUAUAAGGUAAAGGUGAAGUUGCUGAUUAGCUCGCCGCUUCUAAAUGGUGACCUCGUGGCUGAGCUGCCAUUCACACUAAUGCACCCUAAGCCCGAAGAGGAAGAUCAUCCACUGUUAGGGGAGCGAUCGCCACGGGCUAGUUUAGCAGCCGGGGGUCUGCCGUUAGUGAGCAUGAGUGACGUUGGAGAAACUGAAUUGGCGACUGGCGGGCAGGAUGUGCCAACUACAACAAAUCUCAUUCAGCUGGACGACGACGAAGCACAAGAUGACGACAUAAUUUUUGAGGACUUUGCCCGCCUGCGUCUAAAAGGCGCUGAAACAGAGGCCUAGAUGAAAAAGGAAUAGAUCGAACUAUUAAUUAAUAUGAAGAAAAUACCGUUAUUUUCGGCAUUUGUAUAAUAUAAAAGUGUAUGAGAAAAAUUGGGCAACCGCUAAAUGUAAAGUUUUAUACCAAUAGCCAUGGUAAUGAGUUGGAUUUAAGCUAUUUUAUAUGUGUAGGCCAUAUAUUGUACUAUCUAUAGGGUAUAAGCUGAAAGUGUACGAAUUUUAAAAUGUGAAAUUGAUAAACCAAUCAACACACCAGAUCUACACAAAAUGCCCAUGCAUAAGUUAACUACACGAGCCAAGUAUUUCGGCCACAUCUGUAAAAGUUGAAAAAAUUCACAAAAUUUGAUAUGUAAAUGUUGUAUAAUAUUUUUAUUAAAUGCCCUAUCCCAUUAUAAAAACAUUUACAAAACUAAUUCUAGUGAUGUUUUUAUUAAGCCUCUUGUUUUUGGGACAUUGUUAUUGCUUUGCAAUGAAUUGAUAAUUUGUGCGCAACUAAUUUAAAAUGAGAUUUUUAAGUAGAGUACAAUACUAAAAAUUUUUCUAGAUUUCUUUUCUACAAUUAAAAAGAAAUGUUUUUAGAAUGGCUUGAAGUUUGGAUGUUGUUUUAUAAAUAUUCUUAGAAGGAUAAGUCCAUAAGUCCAUAAGAAAGCAUGCCCAUUCUAGAGACAUAGACACAGCCCAUGUUUGUUUCAAAAGAUGGUCACGACUACUCAUGCGUAGACAGUUUUUUAAAAGGUUUUGUUGAAAUUUCUUCCUAGCUCGGUAACGGGAAAAUGAUACUCUGAUAUAUCAACUAUAGCGUUCUUACUUGUAAUUGAAAGUGUAAUGGUGAAAUUUGGUCAUAGACCCAGUUAAGCCACUUUUCAUUUUCUCCAGAAAAAAUUAAAACAUAAUCUAAACGACAACAAAGCAAUUAACUAAUGGUGGAUUGGAUUAAAAAUUACAGCUCUUUGCUGAUGAAACCGGUUUGGCUAAAGGUUACAUGAUGUGCACCUUCACAGGCGGAAAUAGCUAACAUAGAAAUUUUUCAAACACCGUUGGGAACGACCUUUCGUGUUGGAAAUUUUUACGUUAAACACCAAUUUCUUUCUUACUUUAAUUAACAAUGUCCGAAUCGAAAUUCAUCAACGAAAAAUACUACACGAGUAAUGCAUUCGUAAAACCUUUUUAGAGAUACAAUUUAAAAACGUGAUCAGAACAUUUCCAAAUGUAAACCAAAAGAAAGUGGUCUUUUAAAUUGCGAACUUAAGCUGAAAUUAAAUUUUAUUGCUCUAGGGCGCCCCAAGAAACACGAAUUAUUAUUGAACAUACUGUCAAAAUUUAAAACAUUUUAAUAACUUGAUUUUUUAUGGCACGUGUAAAUGUGAAAUUAGUAUUAGCUUGAUGUAUAGUUCGUAUUUUAAUUUUUCAAGUAAAAAAUUUUGGAGAAAUUAUGAAUAAUAAUAAAUAAAUAUUAACGCACAUCAUAAACUUGUUAAAUGUAUACAAAUAUAAUACAACAAAUUCAAAAUUGUUGGAGCAAUUAAUAUUUAAAAACAUAAAUUCAAAUUUGAACAGCAGAGGUGUGUGAGUAUUAUAAAUGUAUCAUGAAAAAAUUAGAGCAUACAUACCGUCAAGUGUGAAGCAUUUAAAAAGCAAAUAAUAUAUGUAAGCGUGUCCCCAAAACCAAAUGAGCACUUAAAAAGUUGUAACGAUCUUUUCUGCAGUUGAACCACCUGAACAAAUACAUUUCAGAACGAGCACAACAACUUAUUAACACAAAUCGUUGAUUUUUUAAAAGAUGUGUCUUGCUUUAGUCUUAGUAGAAUUAUUAUCAAAUGAUUUAACAAACUAUUUAAGAAUUAAAAAUAACAAUUUACAAUUAGUUUCCGAUAAAGAAAAUGCAAUAAAUCAAAGCAGAUAUUGCAGAAAUCGCAGAAACUAUCGGUAUAGCGAUAUUAUCGUGUUCAACGGGUCCAACUGCAAUAUGAGCAACAACACUUUUGUACUGUGAGUUACAUGUUUUUAAUUGUUAAAGUGGUGUAAUUUUUAAGAAGCUAAGCUAACUUUUAAGAUAAGUUGUAAUGGUUUUGAUAAUACAUUUUAAAAAUAGCAUAUAUAUGUACAUAUAUGUGUUGCAGUUUGAGUGGAUGAAACCUUUCAUAGCCAGCACCAUAAAUAGCAUAUAUAUUUAUGUGUGUAGCGGGUUAAGGUGAUAAAACCUUUUAAAGCUGGCACAAAUAAAUAUUAAAAAGAUGUUACUUUUAUUUUAUAAAAUACGUUUUGGUCUGGAUAUGCGUUGCAUUCAAUUUGAUAAAUAUUUGAUUUAUUGUACGUAUACAACUAGGCGGCUAAACAUUUGACACCGUACCCAACUCAUCCAGCGAGCGAACCAAACUGAAAAUAAAAUCCAAUACCUAUACCUACUCAUGACUAAUAUAUAAAACAUAUAAACUUAAGUGAAAGAUUAAUUGUUGUUUGUUUAGUGUUGAAAAAAAGAAUGCAAGAAAAUAAGGAGAAACAAUAACAUUUUUGACUGACACGUUGGAGCUCCAUGAGAGAGGAAAAAAGAGUGGACUUUUGGGAAAGACUAUUUUUGAAAAGCUUUAAUAUAAUUAACUAUGCAUUGUAUAUACCUAAAUAAUACUUGGUAGGCGAAAUCCUUAAAAAAAUUGUAAUUUUUAUUUUAGAAAAUUAUAUCGAUAUAAAUUUUCAUGCCAUGAUAAUCCCUACCCUCCAACGUGUCCAUCAAAUAAUUUACACUUUUUAUAUGAGCCUUAUGCGAACGAAACCAUAAAUAAUUAAUGAAUUUGCAUUGACAUUGCAAACGUAUUUUUAAAUUCCAUAUAUCUUUACUAGACCCGUUACUCCUAAAGUCAAUGGUCCUGUCUGUCUGUCCGUUAAUAGUUAACUUUUUUUAUAAUUUAAUAGUUUUAUAAAUAUUAAAGUUGCCCAUGACUUCGGUGUGCAGUACACAAUUAACUCAUAGUGUUUGUAAAAGAAAGUAGAGUAACGGGUAUCUGAUAGUUGAUGAUUUAGCGAUUCUUUUUCAUUUUUAUAUAUUUGUCAGUAUUGUUGCACCACUUAGGUAGUAAUUGAUGACUGCAUUUUUAAUGCACGCAUUGAAACGAGAAAUUUGCAAGUUUUCUGAAAAAGAGUAAAUAAUAUUUCUGUAUAAUGUUACUGUGAACUAUUGAAUAAAUUUGCAAUAAUAAAAUCGACAAAAAUUCCAUAAAUGG